UUUUACGUUUCCAGUAAGCCAAAUUCAGGCAAAGUCAGUCUUAUCAAAACGUAGAUCAGUUCCAACACAGUAAGAAAUUGAAAGCUGCUCAAUCAGUAACUGGGAAACAGCAUCCGUAAAAUAAUCUGAAACAUCUAAGAGCCGCAGAAGAUGCACAAGCAACGUUUGCCUUUCAAUGGCGGGCCGGGUGCAUUCGGAGCCAGUGGCUUCAACUUCAACGCGCCACAGUUCGGGGACAGCGGUGGAUUUGGACCCGGAACCCUGCCCGAGGGCCUCAACGAAAUGCCAUUCCUGGGCAAGUCGCCCACCAACCCACUGAUGCGCUCCAUCAGUCGCCAGCGCUCGUUGGACGAGGGAGGUGGCCUGGAUUCCUUGCCGCCGCCGCCCCCGCUGCCUGUGAUGGCCCAACGCCUGCUGAGCGGCGGAUUGGGGCGUGGCCCGCGGGUGGGCGUGCCCCCGAUACCCGGCUUCUAUGGCGCCUACGAGGGCGACCUUUCUGCGGUGAAGGAAACCGCCGCCGCUGCAUCGAGUUACCCCAAGAAAACACAAAAUCCGGGUUCUCCACGCUCACCGCAACUAACGGCCAUCUCGGACACCGAUUCCGAGAGCGAUCUCUGCAGCCAGCUGAAGGGUUCGACCGCGCCGGAAUCCUGCUGCCGCCGUGUCCUCGGCUGCCUGAUGAACACUCUGCCGGAUCAGCGACGCCGGCAAGUGGAGAAAACGAUGGAACGUUGCAGCCAGACCGCCAUCGCCAAGCACUUCAUGGUGCUGCUGCAGCUGCUGACCCUCGUGGCGGGCCUGGCCUUCCGCCAGGUGAAGCGCAUCGGAUGGAUCUGCGGCGGCGUUCGAUUCCGAGUGGGACGCGCCAAGUUCCAGCUGCGCAGCACUCUGCGCCACAUGCUGUGGCGCUUGGCCAACGCCAAGGGCAACGACACCUUGCUCUUCCUCGUCGUCGUGCUGGUGACACCGUGGCUGUUUCUCCUCAGCCUAGUCGGAUUCGCCUUCUCGUUCGUCUUCUCCAUGAAGAACGCAGUGGCCGAGGGCUCGCGUCAGGUGCACCGGAGGGUUUUGUAGGUCAGUCAAUAAGAUGCCAUCAAAAGGGGAGGGAUAAAGGCGAAACCCCCAACAGAUCGUUCCCACAUCUCAAGCACACUUAACAUGAAAACAUUAGAGCAGCGCAUUCCACAAAGUAACACAGGACAAGUCGCAAGAAACCACCUGAACCUCAAGUAUAUUUCGUGUUGCAGCAACAAAAUAAAGCAAACUAAAAUGUA